AUGGCAGCACGACCUCUCCUGCUUGUUGUACCUUCAGCAGCUCGAGCUGGCCUCCUGAGCCACUCGAUUCGAACCGUAUCCAGACGUACGUUCCAGGUAUCUGCAGUUCCACUCAGACCUACCGUUGUAACGUCCUCCCCUUCUCAAUCGACCCCGUUUGCCAGUCAGGUACCACCCUCAGGGGCCGUGCCACCUCAAGCAGAGGUCUUUGCAGAUACCCAGCACACGGCCUUCCUCGGCGAAGCAGACAGUAAUGACGGACACGAUCUGAACCGUGAAAUCCACGGGCCCCCCCUAGAAGCCCUGGACGCGCGCAAUGCCGCAUACUUGGGCGAAGCGGAUUCGGACGAUGGAUUUGAAGCACGUAGGGCUGCCGAAGGCGACAACCACCCGUCUAUGGACGCACAAAAUGCUGCAUACCUCGGAGAAGCGGACAGUGACGACGGCUUUGAGGCCAGAAGAGCUGCCGAAGGAGACAAGCACGAACCCAUGGACGGCACCAAUGCCGCGUUCCUUGGUGAAGCUGAUAGCGACGAUGCCCGUGAGGCGGACUUCGACAUCAACCCUGAGAAGCACCGUCACAGCAUCGAAGACACGAGCUCCAGUGGGCUGCACGGUCAGCAAGGAGAGCAGGAUCAGUGA